AGAGGUGGUGCCGAAUCCCGAUACUCUUCUUCUGCUUAGGGACUGUCGUAGGAAUGUUCCCACUUGUUUCUCUCCCGCUUCCUGGCGAAGUACUACUCAUUACGGAUGAGCUGCUUGCUUCAGCAGAUUUCUUGCUGCACCAUAUCUUAGCCCGCCAUCUGAAGGAUUCCAAGGAUUCUGCCAGCAUGAUCGUCUUCCUUUCUGAGGAUAUAGGGAGAUGGAAAGCGAUAGCUGGAAAAUCGAAUGUGGAUCUGUCUGGUCAUAUGGAUAACCAACGCCUGAGCCUGAUCGAUGCCAUGUCGCUCAUCUCGCCUGCAUUGGAGUCUUCGACGAUGGUUCCACUCCGGGACCUCUACGACGGGAUCAGAGACGCGCUACAAAAUUAUGCAAACCAUAGGGAACAGAGCAUGCUCGUGAUCCUCGACGACCUUGCCACUCUCGAGUGGAUAGGAAUAGCAGUCGAAAAAGUUGCACAGUUCAGUCGAGCAUUAUGUGCCUUGUGUCGACAGAGCAAUGCCGCCCUUGUUCUACGACACCACAUUGUGUCCCCUGGCGAACCGGACGAGGUGUUCAAACGACUCCUCCAGCUGUGCGACUACCAUCUUGACGUCUUCCCAUUGUCAAGCGGACGCAGCGGCUCAGUGAGCGGCCAGGUGGCUUUGCAUUGUGGGCAUGCUUCAGCGGAGGCAACAAAUCGACUGAUCUCGCGGAACGCUGCCGUGCAAUAUCGACUGACGGAUACAGGGAGCACAUUCUUCGAUCGGGGGACGGGCAAUGGCGUGCUAUGAGUAACCAGACCUGGAGCAGUACUGUCAAUUCAACAGUGCCCAUAGCUUGGCGUUGUCUCAGUUGGCGAUGUGAACCACCGAGACCAGAAGUAUCUGCCGUCAUUGGUCGAGACGGUAGAAACCUCCCUGACGAACACAACGACAUGUUGGGAUGAAACAGGAAGGUGAUCGAUACCUACACAGUGCAGUAGUCUGCAAGGCUGGUCGAAUAAUGUAAAUGCUUGUUGGUGGUACAAAUAUUGGAUAUGAG